AUGGCGCUCUUCCCCCUCCGUCUUCAAAUCAACUACGAGGAGGAGCAGAAUGUGCUCAAAGAGUUUUUCAAGAACUUCAAAUCCAGCCAGUCUGCCUCCGAGGCCUCUGCGACCGAAGCGAUUUCGGGUCUCAACAUUGACGAAGAUGAUAUUGAUGCGCUAGAUGAAAUGGACGAGGAUGGCGAAGAGAAUGGACGCACAACGAGGGAACGACGAGAACCGAAGCUCAAGUAUAUGGCGCUAUUGCAAGAGGUUGCAGACCGAACAAAGAAUCACAUCGUCAUAGAAUUGGAUGACUUGGAUAAAUUCCUGAAAUCAGCACCCGAAGGGCCACAUUCGGACCUUGCAGAACGAAUUACAAAUAAUGCGAAGCGAUACAUUGAUGUGAUUUCCGAGGCGAUUGAUGAGAUAAUGCCCAAGGAGAGCGCAGAAGUAACAUUUAAAAAUGAUGUAAUUGAUGUCAUAGUUUCCCAGCGUGGACGACGAAAUGAUGCUAUGAACAUGGCCUUGGAAGCAGACCUGGAUGUCGGCAUGCAGCCAUCAACAUUUCCACCAGAGCUUACUAGGAGAUACACUCUUAAUAUCAAGCCAAUUACUACAUCCGGAUCAAGCAGCGACCCAAAAGCUAAAGCUUUUGCGGUCAGAGAUGUCCGUGGAGCACAGCUCGGAAAACUAAUCACAGUUCGGGGCAUCACCACCAGAGUCUCUGACGUUAAACCCUCAGUUAAGAUCAAUGCAUAUACCUGUGAUCGCUGUGGCUCUGAAGUAUUCCAGCCGAUCACCACAAAACAAUUCCUUCCACUGACUGAAUGUUUGUCGGACGAAUGCAAAAAGAACAACAGCAAGGGCCAGCUUUUCCUCUCCACUCGUGCGUCAAAGUUUGUCCCAUUCCAGGAGGCCAAGAUUCAGGAGAUGGCAGACCAGGUGCCUAUUGGGCACAUCCCCCGUACGUUGACAGUACACUUGAUGGGUAGUCUGGUUAGACAGUUGAAUCCAGGAGACAAUGUUGAUAUUGCUGGAAUUUUCCUUCCGACUCCAUACACUGGUUUCCGCGCCAUCAAGGCUGGCCUCCUCACCGACACCUAUCUCGAAGCCCAGCAUAUCACCCAACACAAAAAGGCCUACGAUCAUCUUGUAAUGGACCCGGUAACCCUGAGAAAGAUUACCAGGCACGCAAGCUCGGGUAAUAUGUACGAGUAUCUCUCGCGUUCGAUAGCACCCGAGAUAUAUGGACAUCUUGAUGUUAAGAAAGCCCUGCUACUCCUUCUGAUUGGUGGAGUGACAAAGGAAAUGGGAGACGGCAUGCGGAUUCGUGGUGAUAUUAACAUCUGCCUGAUGGGUGACCCUGGAGUUGCAAAAUCUCAGCUUUUGAAGUAUAUCACCAAGGUAGCCCCGCGCGCCAUCUAUACAACUGGAAGAGGAAGCAGUGGAGUUGGUCUUACAGCGGCCGUGAUGCGUGACCCCGUUACGGAUGAAAUGGUCCUUGAAGGCGGUGCCCUUGUCCUCGCAGACAACGGUAUCUGCUGCAUUGAUGAAUUUGAUAAGAUGGACGACGGAGACCGGACUGCUAUUCAUGAAGUUAUGGAACAACAAACAAUCUCGAUAUCCAAAGCUGGAAUCUCAACUACCCUCAACGCUCGUACCUCCAUCCUUGCAGCUGCUAAUCCACUCUACGGCCGGUAUAACCCGCGAAUUUCACCGGUUGAGAACAUCAACCUCCCCGCUGCUCUCCUCUCUCGUUUCGAUAUUCUCUUCCUCAUGCUCGACACUCCCUCCCGUGAUUCUGAUGAAGAACUCGCCAGCCACGUUGCUUAUGUACACAUGCACAACAAGCACCCUGAGACCAAUGCUGAUGAAGUAGUUUUCACUCCUGCCGAAGUACGGCAGUACAUUGCUAAAGCGCGAACAUUCCGCCCUGUGGUACCAAAGAGUGUCUCAGAGUACAUGGUGGGUGCAUAUGUCCGUAUGCGCAAACAGCAAAAGCAAGAAGAAGGAAGCAAAAAACAAUUCACUCAUGUCACACCACGAACUUUGCUGGGUGUCCUCCGACUGUCUCAAGCCCUUGCACGCCUUAGAUUCAGCGAGCGUGUGGUUACCGAGGAUAUUGACGAAGCCCUCCGACUGAUCGAGGUUAGUAAAUCUAGUUUACAUCAGGAUUCACAAUCUGGUAUGGACCACAGUCCUACAAGCAAGAUCUACAACCUCAUCUGCGCUAUGAGAGAGAGUGGUGCGGCUGCUAUCGGUGAUGGAGACGAAGGAACUCUCAGCAUGAAGAGGAUCCGGGAACGAGUUGUCGCGAAAGGAUUCACGGAUGACCAACUCAGCCAGGCCAUUGAUGAAUACGCAGAGCUUAGCGUCUGGCAAGUCAGUGGAAACGGCACUCGGCUUGUCUUUAUUGAAGCCGGGGACGGCGAUGCAAUGGAUUUGUAG